GUCCUCAAAUUCUGGGGAACACAGGAGAGUCCUGUGAGCAUACGUGACUGUGAACGUUACAUAAGGGCACUCCAGUGUGGCUCUGCUGGUGCAUGUUCCAGUGAUCGCAGGCAGAUAAGGACCGGGACGAGCACUCAGACAGCCAGGCUGCAAAGACAGAGAGAGAGAGAGAGAGAGAGAGAGAGAGAAAGACUGAGCACUUAGACUUCAGCUGGGACUUUGGCACAGAUUGUUUUUGAGAGAUCUGGGAUUCAGAUUUUUUUUUUUUUUUUUUGGGAGAGAGGACUAACUGGACUAACAGCAGUCACACAAUGGAAGGAUGAUUGCAGUGUGGGCUGAGCAAUCAAGCAGGAAGUCAAUUGCACACGGAGCACCAUAAAGGAAAAUCAACAGUUUGAGAGAGGCAGCUGAGAGAGGAGCUGCUGAAGGCGAGGGGAAAAUUGGGAGUCGCUCCUAGACAGCGUCGGUCAUGGCGAAGGAAGAAGAGCUCACCUACCAUGAGGCCAUCGAGCAAGCUGGCUCCUCCAUGUUCCGCUUCCCCCUGGUCAGAGUCAGAGGGGUUCCUCUCAUGAGCCUCAUCGCCAAGGAGUGGGACUCCAUCUGGGCUUUCAACCCUGACCCCUCUGACCUCCUCAUCAGCACCUACCCCAAAGCAGGGACCACGUGGACUCAGGAAAUAGUCGAUCUGCUUCUUCACAAUGGGGAUGCUGAGGCAUGCAAACGGGCCCCCACCCCCAUCCGCAGCCCCUUCCUAGAGAUUAUCCCUCCGCCCCCCGUCCCUUCAGGCCUGGAUCUUCUGAAGAAAACGGAUCCACCGAGAAUCAUCAAGACACAUCUUCCCAUUGAGCUGGUGCCUCUUGGAUUCUGGGAAAACAAAUGCAAGGUUAUCUACGUGGCACGCAACGCCAAAGACAACCUGGUGAGCUACUACUACUUCGACCUGAUGAACCAGACCCAGCCGGAACCCGGGCCCUUCGACGGCUACGUCCACAAGUUCAUGCGAGGAGAUUUGGCGUGGGGCUCCUGGUACGACCAUGUGAAAGGCUACUGGGAGGCCAGAGAGAAGAGGAAUAUCCUCUACAUCUUCUACGAGGACAUGAAAGAGAAUCCCCGGCGUGAAGUGGUGCGCAUCAUGAAGUACCUGGACCUGUCGGUCUCAGAGGAGGUCAUCGACCGAAUUGUAGAUCUCACGUCCUUUAAGAACAUGAAGGAGAACCCCAUGGCGAACUACUCCUGCAUCCCCAAGCCUGUUUUUGAUCACUCCAUCUCUCCAUUCAUGAGAAAAGGAGUGGUUGGCGACUGGAAAAACCACUUCUCCGACGAGCAGUCCAAGAUGUUCGACGAAGAUUACGAGCGGCAAAUGAAAGGCACCAACAUACCGUUCAGGACCCUCAUCUGAAGGAUUUUUACAGAAUCACUCAGGCAAACCAAAGACUUGAUGAAGUGACGCUAUGCAGGAAGUGAACAGUGGAGACACUGUCCGAAAAUUGGGCACGAACUUAAAACCAAAACAGAAUCAAUUAAUCGUUUCACUUUUUAUGUUUCUAAUGAUUUGUCCAUGAGAGGAAUCUAUCCAAAGGUAUAAAACAUAUGAAUAAAAAUGUGCUCCACAGUA